AUUGAAUAAACAACAAAUAUGUCUGCGCCCAUGGCCAUGGCACGAUUGAAAGUUACACAUUAAAAUUCACGUGCAAUUUUUGCCAUCAAACAGAGUGGCUAUGUUCUAAAUAUCACAGUAUAUGUGAUGGAGGAUAUAAUACCCACUUCCUGUGCAGGUGGAGAAGAUUGCGAUAUUAGAGAUUCUGGCAAAGCCAGUGCCAGUGGCAGUGGGCGUUACGUUUCAUUGCCAGCUUUAGUGCAGAUUACGGCAAACAAAGCAGAAGUCGAGCGCAGGAUUUUAUCGUUUAUCAGCAGGAAGAGAGAAGAAGUCGACUAUAGUAACAAAAGAGAAUUUUGUGGAUUUGAGACUUUUCACACAGAAAGCACCUGUGCAAGGACAUCUUCAGUGUUUAUACCAAGUGUUGGGCAAAAAGGUCAUGUUAGAGUGACAAGAGUUGUGAAUCACUAUGGUCCACAAAUGCGCACAUCAGAUGCAUACACAUGCAAAAGGAACUUGACAGAUGUGGCUGUUAAAGAAGAAAAGCCUGAUAUCUCAAUUGGAGUGGAGGAGAGAUUGCGUAAUAUGGAAGUACACCUAAAGCUACCAA